GGGACAGAACGUUCCUAUACACACUGUGUGGUCGCCAUGGGUUGCGGGCAUUCCAGGGUGUUGGUCGUGCAACCUACUGACGGGAGAAAGAGCGGCUGGGGGGCGAAAGGCAAAGCCAAGGAGGGGACACAGAAGGAUGACAACAAGUCACCUAGAAACAAUGAUUCCAGUGUCAGGGAUGGCUCCGCUGUAUCAAAAGGUACCGUGGAUAGUGGCCUUGGCGCGGAAGAUGAAGCUGCUGGAGGAGUUCUUCCUGGGGCAAUUACAGAGAAGUUACCUUCACCCAGAGACAGUUCAAGCCAAUUAAAUAAAGACCCACCAUUGCUAAGCACCCGAAGUGGAAGCAUUCGAGAGAGACAGAAGUCUUCAGACAUCCUAGAAGAGCUUAUUACACAGGGGAUAAUACAAAGCCAGCCUAAAAUUGUUAAAAAUGGAGAAGCAUAUGAUGUCAUGGUGGAAACAGAAGAAAAACCGUUAAGGAGGCCUCCCGCAAAACUCGAAAAACUAAAAACCAUAAGGAGGAAGAAUGUUAGCCUAACAAUAGAGGAGAUUGAAUCCAAAAUGAAAGCUGCAGAAGAGAGAAGAAAGACAAAGGAAGAAGAACUAAAGGAAAGGCUGAGACGUGACAGACCAGUGACUGCUCUACAAAGCACAGCAGACCAUAGCAGAGAAGGCUCUUUUACUCCUGAUGAAGGACAGGAGGCUGCCACUGUUCUUCAUGAAACCUUAGAGUUUGGUACAACGGAAAAUUUAAUGACCAAACCAGCACAAUGGGAGGAUGAGGAAGCUGAUGAAAUAAAUGCUGUAGAAUCUGACAUCACCUAUAACGAUCCAGGUCAUGGAGAAAAGGAAUCUGCAAAUUAUAUCUUCUGAUAUCCUCAAACUCAUUUGACCCAUUGACUACCAUAGAGAGAAUACAUUUAGAAGCAAUCUAUUGUAACCCUGUCUGGCAACCAAGGGGUUUCAUUUUAAAGAGACAGCAAACAAACAAAAAAAAGUUGCUGCCAUCUUACAACUUUAUACGUAUGCAACAAUUUGCACAUCCUGCAGCUUCAAUUCCUUUUUUUGUAGAGGCAUAGCCUGAAUAUAAUUAGCAUUGUAUCCAGACCGUAUGUAGUAUAUUGCCAUAGUGACAAAUCUGCAUUAAUUUAACAUAGUUCUUAUGCAAAUUAAUAUAUAUUAAUCAUCAAAUAAAAAACUACUUUAAAGGGACGUUAAGCCCAAAAUGUAAUUCCCCAUAAUUUAAUUAUGCAUAGUAAGCAGUACUCUAAUUUGCCAACUUUCCUAUAAUUUAAAUCUGAUCAUUGUGGUUUGUCCACUGCCUCCAAAGAGAUUGGAGACCAUCCUACAGGAUUAUGAACCACAGCCCUGCAGCAUUCUACACAGUCAUUGCAUGAGUUUAUCUGUCUUUAAAGUGAAGGUCUAUUUUGAUGAAUUAGUGCCCGGUUUUUAAUAAACCUAUUAAAAACAAGGGCACUUUAAUUCAUCAAAAUUGACAUUUCACUGUUUUCUUCAAAAACUUACCUUUUUAUCCUGAAUGAUGAAUUAAAGUGCCCUUGUUUUUAAUAGGUUUAUUAAAAACCGGGCACUAAUUCAUCAAAAUGGAUCUUCACUUUAAUUAAGGAAAUCAUAUAAAUAUGCUUCAGAUUCUUUUCAAGGGGUAUGUCACUGGACUGUAAAAAGCAGUCUGCUAACAAAACAACAGUUUUAAAAUGCUUUUAAAAUAUUUAUUUUAUAUUGGCUAUUUACUAUGUAUAUGAAAAAUAUAUAUUCAAUGUUAAAUCUAUCUGUAGUAUAGCUGCAGUUUGUUGGUUGUGUGCCAGCUUCAGGUAAUACACAUUGGAUUGGUAUCUGCUACUGAUUACCAGCUUACUGUGAAGAUAUAUAACUGUUGCCAAAAAUACUAAAUGAGUGAGAAAAAUACAUAUAUAUGUAGCAUAACAAACAGUGCAUUGAACAAUUAGCAUAUAUGUUGAAAGUAAAAAUUAUGCCUAAGAACAAUAAUGGAUCAAUACUACUAUGUAAACUACCUUUUAAAUGCACAAAUCAUUGUUCUGAGCGCAAAGUUUAUUUCAGAUGUUUUAUUGAAAUAUUCUAAUAAAAGUUGUUGUUUUUUUCAUA